AAAAAAUUGCGUAACCUCACCGUUAGAUGGCUACUAAUGUAAACUUGACAGCAAGACAAAAAUGACAGAUUUCAAUCACAAACACGAAAAGGUACUGUUGGGACUAAGCUUCCUACAAGAUGCUGCUUCUAGAAGUUCACAGCUUACAAGUGGAAUGGUCAACAUUUUGACAUCAUUUGAAGAACGGUUGGCAAGGCUUGAAAAAACCAUUUUGCCUGUAUAUCAUGAAACAAAAAAUUUGCAGCAAAAGCAAGAAAACAUUGACAAAACCUUAGCUUCCUUGGAUCAUGUGAUUGGCUACUAUAGUGUCAGCAAGGAAGUUGAGCCUGUCAUUAAAGAAAGCCCUUCAAGCCAAGGACUGGAUGUUUUUCUCCAAUCUCUUGGUAGACUCCAGGAAGCAAUGCAUUUCUUUGAGAAAAAUAAUCCUCAGAGUGUGGAGUUGGAAAAUGUGAUGAGCUUGUUUGAAACGGGGAAAGAUAACAUAAUUAGUGAGUUUAAAGAACAUCUAGCCAAACACAGUCACGUAGUUCCACCCAUCGCAGUGCUGGAAGCUCUUGCAACUGAUGAGGAAGAGAUAAAUGUGAAUCACUUCUCUGCAGAAAUCAAAGAUAAUCUGAUGCAAAUAGCUGACUGGCUAAUAACCCACAAUGAAGAUGACUUCAUGAAUGUGUACGCUCGAUUCCGAGCAAAUACGGUGCAAAAAACUCUUCUUGGUCUACGAGAUCACUUAAGGAGUUCAUCUGUUGGGGCUGUGAGUCACCAAGGCGUCAGUCCAAUCGCUCCUAUGUCUGGGACGUCUACUUUGCUGGCAAAAUCGAGUGUUAAAUCCAAUUAUGACACCCCAAGUCGUAAGACAUCUAAGAAACUUCAGCAAAUGCUUGAGCGUAAAGCGAAUCAGAUGCUGUUGAAAGCCUCGCAAACCUUAGAAAGUUCAACAGGACUAGCUUUGGGCUCAAGAAGAUCUGCCGCAGACAUUAUAAAGGAAGACUCUGUCGAAGAACAGGAAAUUGAAUCUUUUUUCACGGAAUUUACGGCCCUGUUGCGACUGUUGCAAAGUGAACUUCGUCUCAUGCUGGGCAUUAUACCUUUACCGCACCAAAAAGCAGUUCUUUCGAUAAUCCUCAGGGACGCACUGGAAAUGAUUUGCCAUGAUGCCGAGAGUUUAAGCGCUCGAGCUCGGAGAAGCGUUUCGCGGCUAGAAUUUGGCCCAGUUUUACUACUUUUCCCAGCCUUACGCCACUUGGUGUGCUUAAAGGGUGACUGUGAUAAAUUGCUCGAAGGAUGCGAUUCUUCAGUGCGAACUCGUUUUUACGGAAUGGUUAACAAUCUUCACACAACGUGUGGCAAAGCUCUUGAAGAUUUCGCUGAAUCGGUUCGUUCCGAAUCUGCAGCUCCAUUACCCAAGGAUGGCACUGUCUAUGAAAUGACAAGUAAUGUGGUCCUGUUCCUAGGUCAACUGACCGAUUUAUCCGACACCGUCGGUCCUCUCCUCGCCCAAGACCAAAGUUAUUCAAAUGCCUUAGUGCACACGCAACCUUGGCCAAAACCACAGAGGAACAGAGCUUUACUCGGACUCUACAUCAAGAAAGUCUUGGUCCAACUUAAUUUGACAUUGGUAACGAAAAGUGAUGCCUAUAGCGAUUCAUCACUGCGCUACAUUUUCCGUUUAAAUAACAGCCACUAUCUGUUGGGGGCUCUCCAACGCAGUGGGCUUUUAGACCUCUUGAAGGUUGUGGAACCAGAAUGUGAAACUAUUUACCGAGAAAUGAUCAACGAACAGAAAAGACUCUAUUCUCAAAGUUGGAACAAAGUUUUGGCUCCUAUCUGGAACUCGGAAGAUGUUCCAGCUUCCGUACUUCUUUCCGGAAGGCUCCGUGAAAAGGAUAAAGCGUUGAUAAAAGAAAAGUUUUCGGCAAACUCUCAACAAGGAGUUCGAGGAAUUGUCCAGAGAGCAGCGAGGUUAUUCGGUGCCAGACGUAGAACUUCGCGAAAGUCUGAAACGAGAUAACAAAGAGUACAUCCUGCCGAAGUAUCAGGCCUUCUAUGACAAGUACAGCAACGCCCAGUUCAGCAAACAUAGUGAAAAAUACAUCAAGUACUCACCGGCCCAAAUUUCAUCAGUAAUUGAUACGUUCUUUGACGUAGCUGCAUGAAUUUGAAAAGCAUUAUAAUUAACAAGAAAACCAUUCUGAUUGUAUUUUCAACACCACUUUAAAUUUAUUACAAAUUGAAUUUCAAUAGCGACAAGUCUGAAUU